UCAGUCGUUCUUCGUACAAAAUUAACUAAACAAUUAAACGAUGGCAAUCAAGUUUUUCGUAUUGGCAGCCCUUGCCACCUUAGCCCGAGGGGGAGUGAUACCCGCUCCAGCGGUCCUAGCAGCCCCCCAGGUCUUGGCCAAGGUCUCCGAUGCCACCUUUGAUCCCAAUCCGCAAUACUCCUUCGCCUACGAUGUGCAGGACGCUCUGACAGGUGACAGCAAGAGCCAGAUCGAGAGCAGAAACGGAGAUAUCGUCCAAGGGCAGUACAGCGUUGCCGAACCUGACGGUACCAGAAGAAUCGUAGACUAUGUGGCCGAUCCAAUCAACGGAUUCAACGCAGUGGUCAGGAAAGCACCUCUAGCAGUUGCAGCUCCUGUAGUUGCCAGAGCUGUAGCUCCGGCAGCUCCUAUUGUAGCCGCACCCGCCCCAGUUUUAGCUGCCAGAGCUGUAGCCGCACCUGCCCCGUUUGUAGCUGCUAGAGCGCUAGCUCCAGCUCCUGUUCUCUCUGCUAGAGCUGUAGCUGCUCCUCUGUUCGCUCCAAGUGCUCCUUUGGUAGCUCAGCCCGCUUUUGCCAGAGCUGCUCCUUUGGUAGCCCAGCCUGCUUUUGCCAGAACUGCUCCUUUCGUCGCUGCUCCUGCUCCAGUUCCUGUAGCGUAUUCGUCGCCGCUGGCUCCUUAUGCAAGGAUAGCGGCUCCCUUGAAUUAUGCCGUUGUUUAGCUUGAAGACGACUGACUGAGUUGAAUAAUGUUUGUAAAUAGAAAAUUUUAUGUAUAUAUGUAUCUUCAUUCUUUUACUGUUAAUAUGAAUAAUAAAAUAGUACA